CUACUAGUAUAAAAAGCAUUGAAUUUGGUUCCUAUAGCCUUACACACCCAUAUAUCUUAUCAUCAUUUCCUUUCCCUCAAUUGAAUUCCAAAUCCUAAAUCGAUCAAUUCGGAGGAACUCAUCAAAACUUGAUCAGAUCAAUGGAUGGGAACAACUACAAUUCCUGGGCUGAUCAGUGGGAUGAUGGGCCAGACCCUGUGAUGGUUGGUUCCAAUAGUUACUCUAACAAAAACAGUAACGGCAACACCGCCAAAUACAAGCAAAAGCUCGGUGAGGGUUUUGGUAAGACCAAAGCAGUGGCCUCCACCGGCGUCAAGAAAUUGAAGGAUGGUACCUCCGUUGGCCUCCACUGGAUCAAGGCCAAGUAUUCCAAAGCCACUCAGAAACAUUGAUUUUUAACGCCUUUUUGUAGAUUAAUUGAUUGUAAACUGCAUGCUACUUUCUUUCUUUUUCCUUUAUCUGGUGUCUUAAUUCGUUUAUUCUUGGUAGAGUGUAAUUAAGUAUAUAUCAUCCAUGUAUAUGCAUGGCUGUUUCUGCUGUAUUAGUUUCCAUGUUUGUUAAUUAUGUUAAUUACAUACGCCAACCUAUAUUAUUUUCUACUUGUGUGUAUGUAUGUAUACAUCCAUCUUUAUCUUUAAGUCUCAAAAAUUGCUUUAAUUCA